AUGAUGAAGUCUCUUCUUGCUAAUAAUAAAAGAAGUAUUUCAAGUUGGUGUCUUCUUAUAGCACCACCAAAACAAGCCGCAGCAAAGAAAAAACCAGCCAAACAAGAACCAGCAGCUGCCUCUUGGUCGAGUGCACCACCAAAGAAAUCAUCAUCAUCAUCAAAGGUGACACCUGCAAUAUUAGAAAAUAGAAAGAUCAUCACUGACAUGUUAGGUCGUAUGGGUAUCAAAGAGAAUCCUUUCAACUUUUCAGAUGACGACGAAGAUUCAGAAGACUCUGAAGACGAUAGCGAUGAAGAGGAUAUUGAAGACGUCAUCUCGACACCAGGUUCUAAACAACAAAAUAGCAAGGCUGACGAGAAAGCUAAAAAAAAGACAUUGGAAGCUAGCACCAAAGGUGAAAAGUGUGGACUUUGUGGAAAGAGUGGCAAGUUGACGAGAACACCUUGUUGCAACAAUGUCAUUUGUGAUGAUUGGGACAACUAUGUAUUGUUCUCACAGGCCAAUAACAGUUGUUCACGUAACCACGAUCGUAAUACUGUGUGUAGUGUACAUUAUAUGCAAAAACAUGGUGGCCCAUGGCAAACAUGUCAAGUCUGCAAGAGAGGCAGUCCACCAGCCAUGUACGCUCAUGGCGCCACCAACAAAUACAACUUUUCUCCUCUCAAAAAUGUAAAGUUAAUUCCUUUCAAGUGUGCCAUGUGUGGACACACCUCUACCGACAAGUUUGAUUUCCCUACUGUAGGUUCCGGUGGUUAUUAUUGUAAAAAAUGUAUUCCAUAA